AUGGUGGCUAUGCGCUUGACGCAGGGUCUUGCUUUGGCACAUGUGAUUCACAUCUACAAGGAAUGCUUUUUCGAAAGCGCUGUCAGCAAGCUGAAGCUGCUCAAGAUUGCGAUGGAGACGGAAGCGAAAAAGCCCACGGUAACCCAGGAGGAGGAGUUCACCGGCGCCGAUGAUGCAGCUGCAGUUGCCCGCGAGCCCUUUGCUCUUCAGGAGUACUGGAGCGCCCGUGCCGAGAAGCAGGAAGGAGCCCAAGGCGGCGCAAGCAGACGCUUCGUGGGAUACUCGGGUGCGAAGAAGGGUGUGGAAAUCCGGCUCCAUGGAAGGUGGAUGGAGCUUUCCACACAGACCGUUGGCGACGAGGACAGUAACAUUCAAAAGUCGAUGUUCCUCUCACUGACGGCUUCGCGAAAGCUUUCUGAGAGGAUCAAUUCGAAAUUGUUCAGCAGCUCCUUCCAUCCGGGCAGCAUGUUUCGGCUUGGCUGGGAUAUAUUUGGAGGUUUCCUCUUGCUUUGUGAUGCUGUACUUUCACCGAUCAACCUGGCAUGGGAGUUGGACGUGGGCAGUCACAACGUCCUUGCUGUGUUGUGGACGCUCUCGUUCUGGACAAGUUUCAUCUUCUGGUCCGCAGACAUCCUUGUCAACUUCAACACCGCGGUCUACCACCACGGCCGGUUGGAAACUUCAAAGGCCGUAAUAGCUUCGCACUACUUUCGUGGCUGGUUCCUGAUCGACGUCGGCUUGGUGACUCUGGACUGGGUCAUAGGCGUUCGGUCGCCGACCAAUACAGGUGAGCUCUCCAGCCUGCGGUCUUUGCGGGUGAUCCGAGCAUUGCGCCUGCUGCGCCUGCUGAAGGCAGGCAGGUUGCGCGACAUUCUUCAGGAGCUGGUUGCAAGUACUGGCCGCCAGUCCAUUCUGUUCUACUGCGGCAUAUUCAACACCGCAGUGCUGAUCAGUUUGGUUUGCCAUUUGCUGGCAUGUUUCUGGUUUGGUAUCGGUCGAGCUUCUCAUGUACGAGGUGAAGAGUCGUGGCUGCAAAUAAUGGAACUGCUGGAACAAGAUGGAGUUGACCAAAUCACGCAGUAUUUGCACUCUCUCCGCUAUGUAAUUGGAGCUCCCUCGCCGCCAAUGGUAGCGCCGACCAACACGGUGGAAAUAUUAUCCGACAUCGCAAUCUACGGUUCAGGUCUGAUGGUCUUGGGUACUGCCGUAUCGAAGAUUUCUAACACGCUGGCUGAGCUGCGUGCGAUGAACGAGGAACACGAUCGGCAGCGCAGGGAAAUCCGAAUGUAUCUAACAAGUCAGAGUGCGCCUUUCGAACUUGUCUCCCGCAUCAUGAAGUUUGUGGACUACAGACUGGACAAGAUGGCCAUUCAGAGCUUCGACCAGACUCUGAUUUCCAAGACUCUCCAAACCGAGCUCUACGUGAAUCAAAGGAGUCCAUACCUGGUCCAGCUGCCCAUUUUCGCACUUUGCCAGGCUGUGUUCACAGACGUGUUUGCCGACAUUUGCGCAGUGAUGCAGAAGAGAGUCUUUGAGAAGAAAGAGACUGUGUUUGCACACGGCUCUUGGGCGACCGUGAUGGAAAUUACGGCCAGCGGCUCCUACUCCUUCAUUCAGCCUGGCCAAGUGCCUUUGAUCAUCAACACUACCGAAUGCUUCCAAGAGGCGUGUCUCUACACCGAAGGCUUGACACACGCCAGCACAUUGUUGUGCAAGACUUUUGCUGAGACGCUGUCUUUGGCUGGUGAAGACCUGGUGUUGUGCCUGAGGAGCUCACCAAGUUCGUGCCGCAUGUUUAUCGAAUACGCGCGAGAAUUUGUCCAAUACCUGCAGAAAAGCCGGCAACCUCUCAACCACGAGACGCAGGUUCGAGCUGCAGAGCUCGCGACGUUGCGCAACGAAUAUUAUCAGGAGCUUUACCCAGAUCCCCGAAAGAUGUUUGACAACAUGGAUACAGCGGCGGCGUAUCAAGAUCCCGAGCAAGGGUCGGACUUGUCCGGGGAGGACCUGGAGACCUUUCAAUCCGAGGUAGAGCUGGCGGCCAUGGUUCAAAGAGCCGGCAGCCAUCGGACGAGUCGAAUGGAUGCCAAUAACUGGCUCCGACAGCAGCAAGAUUCCAUGCACCUCCAGAUCUUGGAAGACAAGCUGGCAUCGCGCCCUCGUGCCAAAGAAGUGGAAACAUUCGGCUUGGAAAUCUUCAUUGAGGAGCUCAUGGGUAGCCCGGUCGACUGCAUUGAUGACGAAUUCCAAGCAAGGCUGAGGAAGUGCCUCCCGGAGCUUGAUCCAAAGCUGGGUCCGCACAAGGUAUUCGAGCAGGAUGCCGAACGAGAUCGUGCUGAAUCUUCCUGUCUUUCUGUUCUGGCACUGCUUGCAAAUCGAUACGAGACAUUCACGGCACCACAAGGGGCAAACUCCAAGCUACUCGAACGACAGUGGCGAGAUCUGCAAGGCAUCAUCCGCUGGAUUGCUCCUACAACUGAGCAGGUGCACGGUGUCCUGGUGUUGCUUGCCAUUCGAGCCCUUGGCAAAAGCAAGACCGUGCUCCGACAGGUUCCUAAGAAUGCCCGACGGCCUGAAAGGGCCAUCCUGUAUCUUAUUUCCAGUGAACAGCACGUUGUGCCUUCAGUCCGUUUUCUCAGCGAGAGAGCCAAUUCCUUUGUUCAACAAGCGCUGGAAGUGCACGAGAAGUUCAACUUGGCACAGAUGCUACAAGGCGAAAAUGUUCCCGGCAGUGUCCUGAUCCUCCAGGAUGUCAUUCAAGACCUGGAUGAGGAUGGAGAAGAUGUCUUCCACUUCUACAUUCUGUUCCUCCUCGGCUUCAUGUGUGGGCUGGCAGGAGGAAGCGGCUCCAGGUUCCUCGACAGCAAGAACGCAGAAGGAGUCAUCUCUGGAAUUCGCAUGCUGCAGCAACUUCUCAAUGGCACCCCACGGGGAAUCUAUUGGGGCUUUCUCAGUGCUCGUGCACAAGCCCUCGGCUUGCCGAAGGAGACAGCUGAGGAUCUAGUUCUUGUCCGCAUGGCCUGCCUCGCGCGUGUCACCGACGAUUCGGGCUACAUCCAACUCCGGAGCAGCUGGGAUGCUUUGGGCUUCCGUGAGAGAAGCAUCCUGACGGAGCACUUCUUGGCAGACGGCAUCAGCGACAGAGCAUUCAUUUUCGAGUUUCUUCCAGCUUGCGUAAACCAUGCCCAGACGAACCCGAUCAUUGGUCUUACACUGAUGUUGGAGGUCCUCGUGGAUCUUCUGAGCAAUCUGGCCCUUGCUCUUCCCGACUUGGCCGUCAAUCCAGCUGAGAAAAUGAUUACUGUGGAUCUAUCAGACAUGAGCGAAUUUGUGGCUGUUGUGCAGAACCGGUUCGUGUUCCAGACUUGCAUGGCGCGUUCACGGUUCAACAAGGUAGGGCACCGCCUCCGAGUGGAGAUGACGGGAGGGAAUUGGGCCAGAACGAGUGAUGUUGAUUCGGACAUGACGACACUGGCCUAUGGUAUCAAGGAUGUAUUCAUGCGGCAGCAAGCCUUGGAAUCCCUGGUCAGGCAACACUUGCACAUGACAGCGUUGGACAACUACAAGGAUUAUGUGCGGCGCGAGAAGUACUAG